AUGACGCCCUAUGCGCCCUAUGACGCCCUCUAUCGGGCGGUGCACACACGUGGACGUACUGAAAGGGGUCAGUUGAUGGGCAUUCGCUUUUGGCCGCAAGUGUCGACUGCAGUGAACAGCCUUUCCGUGUCGGCUACAGACGUGGACUUAUUUAUGGCAAACGAUUCCCCACUCAAAGAAAUGCUUAAUGAAUACAUCACUGAACACUACGAGAACCGGAAUAAAGAGGACGACUCGUCUAUAUUGGACUCACUGUUCCUGUUGUGUAAUAUAAUUGACGUGAUUUUCGUGCAGCCUGCUAUAUUUCUCACCUCGGACACACAAUUGUCCAUGCUACCAUUUUAUAUCGCCUGA